AUGCCGCCGCGCGGAAGAGGUGGCAACUUUAGAGGCCGUGGUGGUCGUGGCAGAGGAAGAGGUGGCCGAGGAGGUAAAGCGACAAGCCGAUUUGGACCCAACCGAAGAUUCGACGGAACUCGACUUGCCGACAAUGAUGAAUCCCAAAGUUCUGGGUCAGAGUCGGAAUCUGCGCCUGAAGACACAGUCAUGGAGGACAUCGAUUCAGAGGACGACGACGAUGAACAUACAACAUCGUCAAAGCCAUACAUGGCCCUUCUUCAGAGUUUCAGUAACGAUAGCAGUGCCCCAGAUGCAAAACGACGAAAAUUGAACCACAAAAAUUCCACUCAAUCUCAACCUGAACAAGAUUCCUCUGGGGAAGAAUCACACGCAGAUGACCAAGAUGAAGACACUGAAAAAGAUAUCGAUCGUGCUGAGGACGAGGCAGAAGAAGAAGCCGAAGAGAAAUUGGAUGAUAAUGAAGAUUCGGAAGACGAAGAAAACCCAACAGAUCCCUUCGACGUGCAUUUUGCGCACCCCAAUGACGAUGCUGUCUCACAGAGAGUCAAGUCCGUCCAAAAUAACGAUUGGGCAACGAAACGAGCAUUACUACAAAACAUGAGAGCAACUAUUUUGUGCCCAGGGUCGGAUACAGGGUCUGAAAUACCAAAACCCAUUGCUGGCUUGGAAGGCCUACAGCUCAAGCAGAAGCUUAGAGAGACUUCCACUCGCAAGAUUGGAGACUUCGAUGCCCUCCAGCGCAACCUGGGCCCUUUGGUCUUCAAUUAUAACGAUGUACUGUUUUGCGAUCGAACAGUACGGAACUCAGACUCAUUGCGAGAAUUGGCAUGUCUACAUGCUCUCAACCAUGUCUUCAAAAGAACUCGAGACCGUGUUAUCAAGAAUAACUAUAAAUUGGCCAAGGAGGGCCAAGAUGCCGACCUAGAAUUGCGAGAUCAAGGCUUUACCCGUCCCAAGGUGCUCUUCCUCUUACCAACACGUAACUCAGCUCUUCGGAUGGUGAACAUGAUCCGUGAUAUCUGUGAGCCAGAUCAGCAAGAGAACCGCAAGCGAUUUGACGAUGGAUAUGUCGACAAAGAGGCCAAGUUUGGCGCCGAUAGACCGGCUGACUUCAAGGAUCUUUUUGAGGGAAGCGAUGAUGACAUGUUCCGUCUGGGCAUGAAGUUCACUCGCAAGACAAUCAAAUACUUUGCGCAGUUCUACAACUCAGACAUACUCUUCGCCAGUCCGCUCGGCCUUCGUAUGGCUAUCGGCUCUGAGGAAGACAAGAAGCUUGACUUUGACUUCCUGAGCUCUAUUGAGAUGGUCAUUGUCGAUCAAGCGGAUGCACUUCUCAUGCAAAAUUGGGAGCACGUCGAAUUCAUCUUUGAACACAUGAACCUCCAGCCCAAGGAUGCACACGGUUGCGAUUUUAGCCGUGUUAGAAACUGGUAUUUGGAAGACUGGGCAAAAUAUUUCAGACAGACUAUCAUCAUGUCUGCCUUUAACACCCCCGAGCUGUCUGAGCUUCUUCGAUUACACUGUCACAACUGGGCUGGAAAAGUCCGGCUGCAGCCCGAGUAUCCGGGCAUGUUGUCGCAACUUGGUAUCAAGGCGAAGCAAACCUUCUCUAGGUUCCAGUCCAGUUCGGUCGAUAAGGAUCCUGAUGCUCGAUUUGAGUAUUUCACCUCUGCCAUUGUUCCCUCGCUUGCAAAGCGGGCAAAGGAUGCGACUGGAACACUCAUUUUUAUCCCCUCCUAUCUGGACUUUGUCCGAGUGAGGAAUUACUUUGCGACGUCGAGCGCGGUCGAAAACGUCACCUUCGGUGCCAUCUCCGAAUAUGCAGACGUACCAGAAGCCUCGCGGGCGCGGUCACAUUUCCUCAACGGGCGCCAUCGCGUUCUGCUCUACACUGAGCGAGCGCAUCAUUUCCGACGAUAUCAGUUCCGUGGUGUGCAGCGAGUCAUAUUCUACGGAUUACCUGACAAGCCCAUCUUCUACACUGAAAUUGCGGGUGGGUAUCUUAGCAAGAGUGAGCAGGAUCUGAGACUUGAACCUGGUCAGGGAACUGUCAAGGUUGUGUUUUCAAAGUACGAUGUGAUGAAGUUGGAACGGAUCGUGGGUUCCAAGAGAGUUGGUAAGAUGAUUCAGGAUCGCGGCGAUACCUUUGAAUUCAUUUAG